AUGUAUAUUCUACCUAGCAUUGCGGUGUCUUUGCUCGCCGCGCCCUUUGUAGAGGCGGUUGGCAUGCGAAGACCCGCUCCACCCCCAGCAACAACAGAGUCAACUGCGACAAUUCAGGAGUCAACAUUCGAACAGCUGAUUGACCAUGAGAACCCAAGCCUGGGAACAUUCUCGCAGCGUUACUGGUGGAACUCGGAAUGGUGGAAUGGUGCGGGAUCGCCUGUGGUACUUUUCACCCCAGGUGAAGCAGAAGCUGCGGAUUAUACCGGCUAUCUGACAAACAAGACAAUUACUGGUCUUUAUGCGCAAGAGAUCGAAGGAGCUGUGAUUUUGCUUGAGCACCGUUAUUGGGGUGAAUCUUCACCAUAUGACGUGUUGACUACUGAGAACUUGCAAUAUUUGACCUUGAAGAACAGUGUUGCGGAUUUGACGUACUUUGCAAAGAACGUGGAUCUGGCCUUUGACACCGAUAGUAGCAGCAAUGCUCAAAACGCUCCUUGGGUUCUUAGCGGAGGAUCAUACAGUGGCGCUCUGUCCGCGUGGACCGAGUCGAUUGCCCCAGGUACAUUCUGGGCAUACCAUUCAUCCAGUGCUCCAGUUGAGGCAAUUGAUGACUAUUGGCAAUACUUCAAGCCUGUUCAGGAAGGAAUGCCCCAGAACUGCAGCCGAGACGUCUCUCUAGUGGUAGACUAUGUUGACCAGGUCAGCAAAUAUGGAACAAAAGCGCAGCAGAAGGAACUUCAGACCCUGUUCGGACUUGGUGAUCUGGAACACUACGAUGAUUUUGCCAGUGCGUUGGAGAAUGGUCCCUGGCUAUGGCAGUCCAACAGUUUCUAUACCGGCUAUUCCGAGUUCUUUGAAUUCUGUGACUAUGUUGAAAAUGUCGAAGCCGGAGCGAGCACCACACCCGGAUCAGGUGGAGUUGGCCUUAAGAAGGCGCUUCAAGGUUACGCCAAAUGGUUCAAGACCGUCUAUUUCCCUGACUCGUGCGCUAGCUAUGGCUACUGGACUGAUAGCAACAGCACUGCGUGUUACGACAGCUACAAUGCCUCCAGUCCUCUUUUCACAGAUUUGACCGUGGGCAACGAGAUUAACAGACAAUGGAACUGGCUUCUUUGCAACGAACCGCUCUUCUACUGGCAGGAUGGUGCGCCAGCCGAUGUCGCGACUAUCGUUUCCCGAACCGUUAACGCAGAGUACUGGCAGAGACAAUGCGGUCUCUUCUUCCCCACCGUUAACGGCUACAGCUACGGUAGCGCCGAGGGCAAGACAGCAGCUGAUGUCAACGCUAUGACCAAGGGCUGGGACCUGACCAAGACAACUAGGUUGACCUGGACUAACGGACAAUAUGACCCCUGGAGAGAGGCUACCGUCUCGUCAGAAUACCGCCCAGGAGGUCCUCUUGCAUCCCGCUCUUCUGCACCUGUCAACAUCAUUCCCGGUGGUUUCCACUGCUCGGAUCUUAUCCUGAAGAACGGCGCAGUGAAUGCUGGUGUCCAGAAGGUGAUUGACACGGAAGUUGCACAGAUUAAGGCUUGGGUGGCGGAAUACUACAAGUGA